AUGAAGAGCUCCAGUUCUACAGGCAGGACCAAACGAAGUCAUAAGAAACAGUAUUUUUUAGAGCAGAAAGACGCCUGGGCACAUGAUCCUUAUCAGCGUUUUUUCGCGCAAAGAUUAGGCGAGCCUCUGCCGCCUGGCUGGCGAAUUUCUGUAGAUAACAAAAAUACAAGAUUCCGUCAUGAAUACCUGCCACUCACGACCCAGCGGUCCAUGCACCACACAUCAACUGCUCCACGAGCCGGCAGCCAAAAUAUCUAUACCACCCCGGAAAAGUCGCCGUUGUCCAGUGGCUCCCAACGGUCGGUGCAGAUGUCCGUAAGCACGGCCAGUUCUGAUCGCUCCUGCUAUCCAUCCCCCAACGACUCAGCAAUAGACACGGACGACUUGCCGAGACCUAUCCCUAUAAGCUCUCUUGUCAAACCUGAACCGCCUCUUGAUCUUGCAGAGAUCAAUCAAUCCCACGUCAAGUACGUCGGCUAUUCAGGCACCAAUUUUGAAUUAUUGAGCCGAGCGAGAAAAAAAAGGAAAGAAUCCAAACUUAGAAUCGAUACUAGGGCAACGGUCUCGUGA